GGAUCCCCAAAACUGAGGACCCCCAGCGCUCCUCUCGUGCUGCCUUCAGCGGAAGCACGGGUGACCUGAAGGUCGAGGUGGACACAGGCCUCCACCCGGAACCGCCCUCCUCAUCCUCUCCCCUUCUCGGUGAUUUGAGCCUCGAUGAGUCGCCCGAGGAGGUUGACCACGGCUCAUCCCACGAGAAGCCGCCCUACUCCUACGCCCAACUCAUUAUUCAGGCCAUUGCCUCAGCACCGCACCGUCGUCUUGCUCUCUCGGACAUCUACGCCUACAUAUACUGCAACUUCCCCUACUAUAAGCCUAACCAGAAAGGUUGGCAGAACUCGAUCAGACAUAAUCUCUCGCUCAAUCGCUACUUCAUCCGCGUUCCACGCUCGCAAGAGGAGCCCGGAAAAGGGGCCUUCUGGCGCCUGGAUCCAGAAUCCGAGGCUCGUCUG